CUCCUCCUCCUCCUCGGCCAGCUCCGUGGCGCAGGAGCGGGGCAGGAAAUGGCCUUUUCCUGGCCGAGGGCUCCGUGCUGAUUCCCGGGUGUUUUUCCGCCUCUCCCCGCAGCAGCCGCCGGUGCCCGGGAUGAGCCGCCCGCGCCGGCCGCAGGGCCGGGCUCGCCGAGCGGAGCCUCGCGGGAUGGGAUCGCUCCAGCUCUGAGCCCCGCAGCCCCUGCUCCACCAUGGGCGACUCUCCGGCCGGGAAGAGCCCCCCGGAGCCGGGCAGUUCCCCGGGGGGCGGCGCCGGGGGCUCCUCCCUGAGCGUCAUCACGGAGGGCGUGGGCGAGCUGGCCCUCAUCGACGCCGAGGUGGCCAAGAGGGCCUGCGAGGAGGUGCUGGAGAAGGUCAAGCAGCUGCACGGCUCCUGCCCCGAGGCGCUGCCCAACGGGGAGAGCUGCCAGAUCCGCUGCCUGGACGAGCCGCCGGGCUCGCGCAUCCAGGAGGAGGAGGAGGAGAGCUCGGCCGCGGCCCGCACGGCGCGGAAGCGCCAGAACCAGGCCAAGCAGUCGUGGCUGCUGCGCCUCUUCGAGUCCAAGCUCUUCGACAUCUCCAUGGCCAUCUCCUACCUGUACAACUCCAAGGAGCCCGGCGUGCAGGCCUACAUCGGGAACCGCCUGUUCUGCUUCCGCAACGAGGAGGUGGAUUUCUACCUGCCCCAGCUGCUCAACAUGUACAUCCACAUGGACGAGGACGUGGGCGACGCCAUCAAGCCCUACAUCGUGCACCGCUGCCGCCAGAGCAUCGACUUCUCGCUGCAGUGCGCGCUGCUGCUGGGCGCCUACUCCUCGGACAUGCACAUCUCCACGCAGCGCCACUCCCGCGGCACCAAGCUCCGCAGGCUCAUCCUCUCCGACGAGCUGAAGCCGGCGGGCAGGAGGAGGGAGCUGGGCGCCGCCCUGCCCGGGGCCGACACGGGGCUGUCGCCCUCCAAACGGACUCACCAGAGGUCCAAGUCGGACGCCACGGUGUCCAUCAGCCUCAGCAGCAACCUGAAGCGCACGGCCAGCAAUCCCAAGGUGGAGAGCGAGGAGGAGGAAUUCUCCUCGAGUACGGAAAGCCUGGAUAAAUCCCUGGCUCCCCCGGCGCGGCUGGCCCCGGAGCGGGAGUUCAUCAAGUCGCUGAUGGCCAUCGGCCGGCGCCUGGCCACGCUGCCCACCAAGGAGCAGAAGACGCAGCGCCUGAUCUCGGAGCUCUCCCUGCUCAACCACAAGCUGCCCGCGCGCGCCUGGCUGCCCACGGCCGCCUUCCAGCACCACGUGGUGCGCGUGCCCCACUCGCAGGCCGUGGUGCUCAACUCCAAGGACAAGGCUCCCUAUUUAAUCUACGUGGAAGUGCUGGAAUGUGACAAUUUCGACACGGCGAAUGUCCCCGCGCGCAUCCCGGAGAACCGGAUCCGGAGCACGCGCUCGGCCGAGAACCUUCCGGAAUGCGGCAUGGGCCCCGAGCAGAGGGCCGGCAGCUUCAGCACCGUCCCCAACUACGACAACGACGACGAGGCCUGGUCCGUGGACGACAUCGUGGAGCUCCAGGUGGAGCUCCCAGAGAUGCACACCAACAGCUGUGACAACAUCUCCCAGUUUUCCGUGGAUUCCAUCACCAGCCAGGAGAGCCGGGAGCCCGUCUUCAUCGCCGCCGGGGACAUCCGUCCCCGAGCAGGAAUGCAGGGGUGUUGUCCCGCCCGCAGGCGGCGGCUGUCGGAGCAGCUGGCCCACACGCCCACGGCGUUCCGCAGGGACCCCGAGGACCCCUCGGCCGUGGCCCUCAAGGAGCCCUGGCAGGAGAAAGUCAGGAGGAUCCGGGAAGCCUCUCCCUACGGGCACCUGCCCUCCUGGCGCCUCCUCUCCGUCAUCGUCAAGUGCGGCGACGACCUGCGGCAGGAGCUGCUGGCCUUCCAGGUGCUCAAGCAGCUCCAGGCCAUCUGGGAGCAGGAGCGGGUCCCGCUCUGGAUCCGGCCCUACAAGAUCCUGGUGAUCUCGGCGGACAGCGGGAUGAUCGAGCCCGUGCUCAGCGCCGUCUCCCUGCACCAGAUCAAGAAGCAGUCGCAGCUCUCGCUGCUGGAUUACUUCCGGCAGGAGCACGGCAGCGCCAACAGCGAGAGCUUCCUGUCGGCCCAGAGGAACUUCGUCCGGAGCUGCGCGGGCUACUGCCUGGUCUGCUACCUGCUGCAGGUCAAGGACAGGCACAAUGGGAACAUCCUGCUGGACGCCGAGGGCCACAUCAUCCACAUCGACUUCGGCUUCAUCCUGAGCAGCUCCCCCCGGAACCUCGGCUUCGAGACCUCGGCCUUCAAACUCACCUCCGAGUUCGUGGACGUGAUGGGCGGCCUGGACGGGGACAUGUUCAACUACUACAAGAUGCUGAUGCUGCAGGGGCUGAUUGCUGCCCGCAAGCACAUGGACAAGGUGGUGCAGAUCGUGGAGAUCAUGCAGCAAGGCUCACAGCUGCCGUGCUUCCACGGCUCCUCCACCAUCCGGCACCUGAAGGAGCGUUUCCACAUGAACCUGACGGAGGAGCAGCUGCAGCUGCUGGUGGAGCAGAUGGUGGACGGCUCCAUGAGGUCCAUCACCACCAAGCUCUACGACGGCUUCCAGUACCUCACCAACGGCAUCAUGUGAAAUUCCAGAGGCCCCACCCCGGGGGAAAAAAGGAAAAAAGAAAAAAAAAAAUUCCCCGGAAAAAAUUCCCGGAAAAAGAAAUAAUUCCCUCCCCCUGGAAGAAACGGGAGAAUUCCAAACUUCCCGAUUCUGUUCCCUCGGGAAAAGCGGCCUCGGACCCGGGGCCCGAGGUUGGGCUGCUCCCCGGCCUGGACUCUGCUGAGGGAUGGGACAGAAUUCCAUGAAAAAGCCGGGAAAAACAGCGGGAAAAGCGGGAACGGAGGAGCAGAGUGUGUGGGGGGAAAUCCCGAUGGAAUGGGGUGGAGAUGGGGGCAGCUCCCCCUUUUCUCUGCUUGGGAUUCCCUGGAAUUCGCCCCCAAUCCCAUGGAAUGUGCAGGGUGGGAAUGGGGAGGGGUCUCCGGAAGGUUGGGAUUCCCCAAAUCCCAAAAUUCUCAGAAUUCCCGGCUCUGUGGGGUCCUUCCCUCUCCUGGGACACCCAGGGAUGGCUGGGGGGGAUUCCAGGUGGGAUUCCCAGGUGGGAUUCCAGGUGAAAUUCCAGGUGGGGAAUUCCCGGUGGGAUUCCGGCUCUUCCAGGAAUUGAGGGCUGGGACUCCCCUCUCCCCUUUCCCGGGUAAUUCCAGCCGGGAAUUCGGGGCUGGAAUGUCGGACACAUUGGUGGGGGGGGGGUGGGGGCCUGAUCCCAAAUCAGGGAGGAUCCGGAGCUUCCCAGGGAGUGAAAAUUUCCUGGAAUUUCCCCUCCCGCUCCCCCGGGCCCGGCCGGCUGCAGACACUUGGAGUGUCCCCAGUGUCCCCCUGCUGUCCCUGUGUCCCCUCGUGUCCCUCUUCCCCAAGGUCCCCCUGGUGUCCCCAGUGUCCCCCCUUUGUGUCCCCCCAGUGUCCCCUCAGUGUCCCUUCAGUGUCCCCUCAAUGUCCCUUUUUUUUUUUAAUUUUUAGCAUUAAAAACCCCAAAAUUUGGUUUUUCAACCCCCCUGGGGAGGGGGGAGGGGGCUCUGGGGACAGAGAGGGGACACAGGGAGGGGACGCAGGGGACCCCAACCCUUCCCAAGCCCCUUUUUUGGGGGGCAGGACCAAAAUGUGGGGAUGCAGCCAGAGCCCUCAGCCCCUCCCCGUUCCCAUUCCCGGCGAUCCCGGGAGGAGCCGAGGCACAGAGGGUGAAACCACUGGAGUUUAAUGGAAUCGAUUCCUACAGAAUAAAGAAUUCCUGAGAGCCUCUCGA